AUGUUGAAGGCCCCUUCCACCAGGUUUGUUCCUUCCAAGACAGCUAGAGCUGUAAUUUCAGCUGACCCCGCAUCCUGGGACCGUGCUUGGAGCAACACUUGCAGCAACUUGGCCCGACCAGGCUUCCUCUUGUUUGUGCAGUUUCUUUCCAGCCGUAGCAGCUGGCAAGCUGACCGCAUUGCGAUGUUGAAGGCCCCUUCCACCAGGGUUGUUCCUUCCAGACAGCUAGAGCUGUCAUGCUACAGCUGUCAUGCCUUCGCCUUGGGCUUCCAGUCCAAGUUUGUUCAAGAACCAAAGCAAGCAAGGGACAACAGCCGACCUCGCAGCCUAUUUCCUGCGUGA